AUGCAAGAGUAAAUAAUCUAAGAAAGUUAUUCAUAUUUGGAUGAUUUAAAUACAAAGGUCUAACAUACUAAUACGUUGGUAUUACAUUAAUACUCAAUAGGUUGAUGUUUUUAAAGCAUUUAUUAGAAAUAUUCAUCAAUCAUUUUGUACUUUAUCCAUGUAAUUAAAUGAAUUUUCUGAAUAAUUUUACACAUAAUUGGUAAAGACACCAGAGGAAAACGAGUUGAAUUUAUUCUAUUUCAAUCUAUUGUCAAAUACCAUAAUCAACCUAUCACAUAAUUUGGAAGAAUUAAUGGCUGAUAUGGAUUCGGAUAUAAUUCAACCUUAUGAAGAUUUCUCAAUUAAUUAUUAUUAAACAAAUAGUACCUUAAUUAUAAAAGCAAGAGAGUUUUUAAAAUAAGUCUAAACUUAAAGAGAGUCUCUAUUUAAUAAAUAAUAAGAUUAUCUAAAGACAGCUUAUGAUUUGGAAAAAAGGAAGAAUUCUAAAUAAUUGUAAAUAAAGGCUGAUGAAUUAUUUGUAGAUUACAGAUAAGAAUUAGCUAUUGUUAAUUAAUUAUGGCAUAUAUUUAAUGAAAAAUUUAAAUCAUAAUUUGAUGAAUAUGAUAAAAAUGAAUUAACAAGAACAUAACUUACUAAAACGACUACAGAAAAAGUUGUAUCUCACAUUUCUAAAGUUACAAAUGUUUUAAAUUAAAAAUUAUAAUAAGUUUUGGUCUCUUCAAAUGAAAAAUUUUCGCUGAUAUAAAAUAAGCAUUCGAAUGAAAAAUAACCUAUUUUAAAAAACAUUAUGAGAAAUAGGACCUUCAAUAUUUUUAAGGUUACAAAAUAAGAUAAUUUUAUAACUUAUGAAGAUUGGAUUGCAAAUAUUAAUUCUCAUGAUAAAUUUGAUCCUGUUAAUCUUUAAAAAUUUAAAUUGACAUAAUAAAUGGAAUAACAAAUAAACUUAUUGAUUGAUCUAAUCUAAUAGGCAAAAAAAUAAGAUUAUAAUAAGUAAUAAUUUUAAUCAAUAAUUGAUAUUGAUUUUGAAACAUUAUUUUAAUAUUAAGAUACAAGAAUCAAAUUACUUGAUAGUAUAAUCCAAAUAAUAGAUUAAUCACCUACGGAUGUUAUUGUAAUUAAUCCAUCAUCAAAUGAUCUUUUAAUAUUAAUUGCUAAACAUUUAAUUCUAAGUAAAAAUUAUUAUUAAUUAUUUAAGAUUUAUAAAAGGAUUAAAAUUUUAAUGUAAUUGAAUUCAAUUCAUUAUUGAAUUUUAUUACAUAAUUUGGAAUGAGAGAAAAAAAUCAGUUUAUUACAAUAGGAUAAUAAGCUAGUGAAAAAACAUUUUUGUUUUACGAAAAAAAUAAAUGGUAAUAGUUAUUAUUGUAUUUGAAUGAAAAAGAAAACUUGGAAAUAACAAAAAAAGGUGAAAAAAACAAUUAAAAUAAUAGUAAAUCUAUCAAACCUAAAAAAACAUAAAUAAUUAAUUUAUUAUAUCAAAAAAAGAGAAUAAUAAAAGAAUAAAUGACUUAGGAAUAGAGGUUAAAUUAUUUAAAAGUUUUAUUGAAUUUGUAAAAGAUUUGUUCAAUAAUGCUUAAAUUAGAUAUAAAAAUAGACUAUGCAAGUGAAACUAUUAUAAUAUUAUCUAAAAUGUGUAAUAUUAGAGUUCAAGAUAUAGUUUUAUUGUUAGAAUAAUUUGAGUCUAUAAAGAUAUAUAUGGAAUAGAUUUAGCCAUAAUCACCUAAGACUCAAUAAUAAAUAAUGGAAAAAAAACGAUUAUUUUAUACAUUAAAAAAAUGUUUAAAAUAUUUACCAUUAUCUGAUUAAUUAACUAUUGUUUAAAUUAAUAAGGAAUUCUCNUUAAAUCAUAAUUUGAUGAAUAUGAUAAAAAUGAAUUAACAAGAACAUAACUUACUAAAACGACUACAGAAAAAGUUGUAUCUCACAUUUCUAAAGUUACAAAUGUUUUAAAUUAAAAAUUAUAAUAAGUUUUGGUCUCUUCAAAUGAAAAAUUUUCGCUGA